AUGGACAACGCCCAAUAUCAUUCGAACGCGAUGAGUAACGGAAAUUCGCCAUACUCUCCACUCCCCGGUAUUUCCCCUCACCAGCUUCAACACAACUCGAACUUGCCACCCCACACUUUACCUCCACUUCAACCACAGCAGCACGCGGCGAUGCAGCAGCAGCAGCAGCAGCAGCAACAGCAGCAGCAGCAGCAACAGCAGCAGCAGCAGCAACAACAACAGCAACAACAACAGCAGCAACAGCAGCAACAAUCAUGGAGCGCGCCUCAUACCCCACGGACUCCCGGUACCCCAAACACACCAGGUUCUGCUAGUUUGGGUUAUUCCCAGGUUGGAGCACAAUCAAGACCUGCACAGAUGAUGUAUGGGAAUUCUUACCAACAGCAACCCCCACAGCAGCAUCAAUACCGCACUUCGGCCUCCAUGAUGCCCCAAUCGUCAACUGCUCUAUCGCACAACCAACCUAUUGCACCAGCUCCUGCAACCAGUCGAGGGCCCCCUCUGAGACCUAUGCCUGCGAGUAAUGUCCCGCAACACCUCUCGAUGCAUCCGGCUUAUCCCCAAACCAAUAUGCUUCAACAGGUGCUUGCAGAAGAACCACCUACUCAUGUAGUGGGUUCUCAGGGUCGAAGGGGAAUAUUGCCAAGCGCUCCGGGACGUCCACAGGUUACUGCUACCGGACCUGGAUCCACAAAAAAUGCCAUGAUCCCCGCAAAGGAUGCUGAUGGAAAAUUCCCAUGUCCUCAUUGUACUAAGACAUACCUUCAUGCCAAACAUCUUAAGCGUCAUUUAUUGAGACAUACUGGAGAUCGCCCAUACAUGUGUGUACUUUGCCGCGACACCUUUUCUCGCAGUGAUAUCUUGAAACGUCAUUUCCAGAAAUGUUCAAUUCGCCGUGGGAAUCCUACAGGAGCAAGCCACUUGUCUCAUGCACAGGCACACUUGAAGAAGUCACAUCCUGGACCAAAGGCACAUCAGACAAUGGGUCCCGAGUCUGAUCUUAUGGCUGGCAUGAAUGGUAUGAAUGGCAUGCCGAAUGAUGGUUCAAUGCACCCUUUUGGUGUAGUCCCUGACGGAAGUAUCGCCGAUGCUGGGUCUAACCUAACAGAUGACCAAGCUUCAAAGGCCUCAAACGACCUCCAGCGACUCGGCAAUCCCGAUAACAGAGACCGAAGGAGUAUGACUGGACCCGCCGCGGGUGGUUCAAGUCGAUCGAGUUUUGAUCAAGGCUAUGGAGGAGGAAUGCCGAGUACUAUGUCUUCCGCUAUGAACCCUGCCAUGGCAUUCAGCAUGCCAAAUGGUCAGAAUGGUCAUUCUUACAGUCAGAGCUACGAUUUUGCUUCUCAAGGCAACAAUGCUAACUUGCAUGCGCAGUCGACGGAGGGAAUGUCAACUGUUUCUAACGGACGACCUCCGAUGCCUGUCUAUGCAGGAGCGAACGCCAGCCAACAACAUUCGAUACUCGACUGGCCUCACAUGAUUCAAUCGAAUGGCCAAACUUUCAUGACUCCCUACAACUCGAACCUCGCGAACCAACAAAUGCAGAUCAAGCAAGAACCCUACAGCUCGAACCUUGCGAACUCGCAAAUACAAAUAAAACAAGAACCUUCUAAUCACGGUCUUUUCACUGGCGUUUACCCCGGCGCUUCCGAUCUUCCCAAUUCUGAUUUUUCCAAUUGGAACAUUCCAGCUCCCAACGAUCCCCUCCAGCAAAUUUCAAGCCAAUUGCUAAACUUUUGCCUCACCGCACAUCCACAACUCAGUGCUCGCAGUCAAGAGAUUAGAAAAUUCCUCUCUGCAGAUAGCAUUAAGCACUUCCUUGAGCAGUUCAGCAAUUUCCAAGGACAUUUUCCCAUCAUCCAUAUGCCAACGUUUCGCAUCACCGAUUCUUAUGAAGGUCUUCUACUAGGUAUGAUCUGCAUAGGCGCGGUUUAUUCUGAUCGCAUGAGUCCGGUCCAAGUUCGCGAGAUGACGGAGGUUGUAAAGAUGGUCAUAGAAUCGAACUCUCAAGUCUACGCGGUUAUUUCUCGCGCGUCCACUGGCGAGUAUGCCAAUGAACCAAUCGGGUCCUCUAAAUCUGAAGUUGAGCAAAUAGCUGCUAUAUUUAUGAUGCAGGUUCUUUUCACAUGGCACGGCACACCGCUCCAGCGCGAGAAAGCCCGACGUGACUUUCCUCUGAUCGUUUCUCUGGCUAGAAGAGCAGACCUCACACAACCAAUGACUACCAACCCUUUCAGCGUUCUGCAUCAACCCCAUGUAAAUGUCGAUGCUUUCGUUGCCGCAAACUUUGAUUGGAAUGCGUGGGUUGAGCAGGAAAAGAGAUCCAGGCUACUCUAUAUGAUCUUUUUGUUGGAUUCCGCUCUAGUUAUUUUCUUCAACAUUGCACCUUCUUUUGAUCCACUGGAGAUUCGUCUUCCACUUCCUGUCGAUGACGCUGCAUGGGAGGCCCGCACUUCUGCAGAGUGUGCCGAUGCUCUUGGUCUCAAUGGUGCCGCGCUUUCAGCUCAAAAGAAUACUGAAGGUAACCGACGACGCAAGCAGCCCGAGAUGCACACGGUGCUAAAGACUUUGAUGCAUCACUCUUAUGAUAUACAGCCAGGAACCACGAACUUAUUCUCCAAAUUCGUACUGGUGCAUGCUCUUCAUGUGCAAUUGUGGACUGCUCAGAAACAGGUCUCGCAAGAAUCCGGACAAAUCACUGCAUCCUUGAGCAGUGGAACAAAUACACCACUGAGUCAAAAUGACUGGGUCGUCAGGAGUGGAGAUCAGAACGGUAGUGGCGCACCAAGUGCGAAUAACAGUGGACGAGCAACCCCUGUCGAUGGUCAACCUCCGCUUUCUCACCAGCUGCUCAAAUCUGUCACAACCGCUUUCGAAAAAUGGAAGAAAGCGUGGGAUGAAGAUAUCAGCGUUCAGUACCCUCCAGGAUCUUCAUACCCUCGCCGAUUCGGAUUCUGUCGUGACGGUGCACAUUUUUACUGGCUUCAGAAGUGCAUGCUAUCUCAGAAACUAGACUGGCAAAUGCCUUCGGAUCAAAGAUUCACACAUGUGAUUCAAUUGUUGAAGUUUGCUAAGCGAUGGGCCUCGAAUGAUACAUUAAAACGAGGAGAGGAGCCUGGAUCAGUCAGCGACAUUGAUAAAGACUUUGGAGUAGCGAACUUGACACUAGACAUGGCCCAAUUAUUCAGACCAGUAAACGCAAAGAUCGAUUCUCCGGUGCACGGUGUACAUACCAAUAUUUAG